AUGGCGGACGCAUCACAACCGAAACCCAGCAGCAGCGUGAAGCUGGUACUGCUGGGAGAGGCAGCUGUCGGAAAGUCAUCGUUGGUUAUGCGCUUCGUCAACAACGACUUCCAAGAGAACAAGGAGCCCACGAUAGGAGCUGCUUUCCUUACGCAGAAAUGCAACCUGCCGACGCGAACCAUAAAAUUUGAGAUCUGGGACACCGCCGGUCAAGAACGUUUCGCCUCCCUUGCGCCCAUGUACUAUCGCAAUGCUCAAGCAGCACUCGUCGUCUACGAUAUCACGAAGCCAUCAUCGCUCACAAAAGCCCAACACUGGGUUGCUGAACUGCAUCGCCAAGCGUCGCCGGGCAUUGUCAUUGCGCUCGUAGGGAACAAGGCUGAUUUGGCGGCAGCAGCCGGCGAAGAGAGCCCAGAAGACGCGGAUGCCGCGCCGGCAGCAGAGGGUGAAGAAGCGAACGAGGAAGAUGGUACAGACGCGAGGAGGGUUCCUACCAAGACUGCAAAGGCCUAUGCGGACGAGGAAGGACUACUUUUCUUCGAGACGAGCGCCAAGACCGGACAGAACGUUGCAGAAGUGUUUACGGCGAUUGCGAAUGCCAUCCCCGAAACGAGCUUGAAGGGCCCACGAGGUGUUGGUGGGCAGACAAAUCUUGGUGGAAGGCAAGAAGAUGCGCGGGUGAACUUGGGCAGCGCACGGCCCGAGGGCGCCAAGGAGGGAUGCGCGUGUUAA